CGCUAAUUGGACAGGAGAGACCGUCAGCUCAUUUCUGAUCCACAUCUCAUUCAAAGCACAACACUUGAGGCUUUGUAACAUUGUCCAUCUUCAGCAAAUCAGUUUCAGGCGGAAGAAUAGAUGGAAGAUCGACCAUCAGCCGAAAGUUUAAUAUCAAUAUUCGGUGACAAACGGGUGACAGGCCUCAAAGCUUUCAUUCUCCUCUCACUCACACUGCCAAUAUUCUUGAACCUCAUAUUCUGUCUAAUCGAAGAAUGGUCUGAUUUCUUCGACCGUCUACUGACACUUAAAGAGAUUAUGCUGAUACUGUUCUCAGCUAUAGGAGGAUAUGUUGUACAAUUCCACCUGAGAGACGUAGAGGAAAAAUAUAUUUUGAAGUACUUGGCAAACGCAAAAAACUAUGAAACAUCGGACGAGAAAAGAAAAAUCAUUAAUGAAACAAAUGACUACAUCACACGUCAUAACAUUGUGGCCCAACGAGCUUUCAAGUUUCUGUUCAUUUCGGGAGGUUGCCUUCCCUUGCUACAAAUCACGAUAAAAACCUUGAAAAUGUAUCUAACUGGAGCUGAAGCUGGGAAAAUGGCUUUUGUGAUACAUCUGUAUCUUCCUGAAGGCUACAAAACACCUCUAAUGUAUCUAUCAACUCAAUUAGCAGCUUUUGUUCUGUACGGAUUUUUAGUGUACAUGUGGGGCGUUAACUAUAAGGUGUUUCUAAUUGGUUUGAAAUGUAUCAGCAGUGAAGUGAGCCUGCUGAUUGAAUCUCUCAAGGAAUUGGAUGGAUUCGAGAAGAGACGGGCUAUAGCUGAAUCAACAGGAAAUGAGGAGCCACUUGCCGUGGUCAGUGCCGAUCACGAGAGAAGACUGAAAGAUCAUUUGAAUAGGACUGUAGAACACCAUCAGGAUAUUCUACUAUCGCUGAAAUUGGUCAAUGACUGCACAAAACUGUACAUUUUCUUGUUCAUCAACGUGUACAGUAUACAGCUCGGUCUAUACAUAAUAUUUGUUAUCAAGCUUAAAGAGCUCGCUCAGAAAAUGAAAUAUGUAUUCACUUAUAUGGUGAUCUUGUUCAUCCAAAUGCAGUGGGCUAUCUAUGCGCAAGAUAUACAAGACAAUGGGGAAAAAUUGAGAAUGGCUUUGUACAGUUGCUCUUGGCUAGAUAAACCACAAUGGAUGAAGAGAUGUCUUGUUCUCAUGAUAAUGAAAGCCAAUCAGCCAUUGGAAUUACGACCUUACGGCUUGUAUGCCUUGAACAAGAGUUGCAUGGCAAAUAUGAUGAAGGCCACAUACACGUAUGUGAAUGUAGUCAAUGAACUACUGAGUAGGAAAUAGAAUCACCAUUCGAGGAUAAAUAUCAAGAGAAACAGCUUAAACAAUGAAUGAGAAUUUGUUGAAAGUUGAACUAAGAUUUGA